AUGACGGUCGUUGAUGCUGUAGACGCUCUCAAAGCCCACACAGAACUUAUUGAUAUUCCAGUGGAACCAGAAGAGGAGGGUGGAGGUCGGGAGCGAGUAGAAGGGCUGCAGCUCGGAUGGCGCCUCAGGCAGCCUCGAUUGCUGGAGGUUGCGUUCGCGGAACUGCUGGUCGAUCGCAUGGAAGAGCUGAAAGGAGACACGAUGCUCUUCACGAAGGCCAAAGACUUUGAGAUAUGA